CCCGCACCGUCGCCGCCGCCCCGCCACGACCGCCGCCGCCCUCUGCCUGCAGCCGCCGCCGCCGCCUGCAUCGCCGCCGCCUCGGGACCGGCUGUAUGAUUAGGCCACAAUCUUCAAUGAGUAGACAUAUUCCUCAGUUCUGUGGUGUUCUUGGUCACACAUUUAUGGAGUUUCUGAAGGGCAGUGGAGAUUACUGCCAGGCACAGCACGACCUCUAUGCAGACGAGUGAACUGUAGAGAUUUCUUACUAAUCCACCAAGAAGCCCCGGCAGAGUGGCUCACCUGGACACAGAAGUGGUGAAUUGAAAUCGUAGAGCAUUUUACAAGAGUUCUGACCUGGAUGGGGUAAACUUUAGUGCACUUCCUGUUGCCUCAGUAUUACUGGAUCGAAGGCUUGCUGCUUCUUGUUAGGAGGUUCAUUUCAUUUCCUAGUACUCCCCACACCACACUCAAAGCACUGAGAAGUUCAGCGGAGUAUAUUGAAGUAGACUUCAGUUUCUUGCAUCAUUUUUAUUCAAGUUUUAAAAUUCUUGCAUACCCCUUUUGAGUGUUUUUGUGAGUAAA